ACAUCGAUUAAAUGCACAAUUGCUAUUUAAAUAAACAGAUCUAUUUUUUUAGACCCAGCCUACCUGACCAAAUAUGGGCAACUUCCGGGCCAGUAAUAUCUGCUCAUGAAUCAUGUUAAUCGCCUUUCUGCUCACUUGUUGUAUUUCAGUAGCUCAUGAGUGAAGUCUUGCUGUGUUACUCAUGUCGCUCGUGCUAGAGUAGGAAGUUAGUGAAAGCACUGCUGUGAACACAUGAGAUGUUUUCUCUUUGAUCCGAAACGUCUUUGGUUGAAAGGAAAUGGAUUAAACGCCGGACCUCAGGUGGUUAUAGUGUGUUCUGGGUGUCUACCUACAAACCAAAACCGAAGUCAAAAAAGCCCAUCCCAAGUCUUUCUGUCAUCAUUUGCCAGGUGGUGUUUGUGACGCAGAUGACACAAUAACAUCUCAGCUGAUCAUCAUUUGCAUCAUUCAUGUCCGCUCUGAAGUUGAAUUCCUCUUUGGGUCAGGUCUUGGUCACAAGCCAGCUGUAGUGUGUGAGAGAGAGGCCUUUGUGACCAACUUUGCAAAAUCCACCUAAACAAACUCCAACGCCCUUCUCAUGGAGGACAAAAAGUCCUUGAUUGGCAGUUUUCGCCAAAAAACCAAACUCUUCCGAUACUCGCGGGUUAGCAGUGACAAAAACCCCAACAAGCCAGAGGUAAGGGAAGAGCGCUUGUUGGACCAGCGGAUGAACACGUCUGUGUUGAACGUCCUGCAGAGGAGUCGGACGUCCUAUCUAAAAAGCCCCGCCCACCAACAGCCAGCUGACCUCAGGACUUCCUCAGCUUGCAACCGUAGCCCAACCACCCCCCACAGUGUGACUCUGCAAAAGAAAGGGGGCGGCACCGGCCUCGCCGAUUCGCUGGACUCGACCGGCUGGCCGUCGCAGGAGUCAGUCACUGAUUCCCCGUGUGAGGAGCACAACAUCUCCAAAUCCACAGAUGAGAAGGAUCAGGUGCUGCGUUUGAGGGACACUCCGCUUCCUUCAUCAGAGAGCCUGGCUGAGAAGCCGCAUUUAAACAGAAAUGGUUCAGAUAUGGUCUCCAUACAUGACAGUGAGCACAAUAAUAUUCUGGACAUGAAGACAGAAACAGCUGGAGUGAAUGAGCAUCAGAGGGAAGCUCAGAGAACAUAUCUGCUCACUAUAUGCCUGAAGGAGGGCCGUGGACUGGUCAUUAGAGACCGCUGCGGCACAAGUGAUCCAUAUGUGAAAUUCAAACUGGACGGGAAGACCUUAUACAAAAGUAAAGUGGUGUAUAAGAAUCUCAACCCUGUCUGGAAUGAGACUUUCUCCUUCCCAAUCCGCAACCUGGACAAGAAACUCUUCAUCAAGGUUUAUGAUCGAGAUCUGACGACGGAUGACUUCAUGGGGUCCUGCGGUGUUGAGCUCAAUAAACUGGAACUUGAAAAGAGCAGCGAGAUGGCGCUUCCUCUGGACGACCCUAACAGCCUGGAGGAUGAUAUGGGUGUCAUAGUCGUCGAUAUCUGCUUAUCUGUGAGGGAUGGCAAAAACAAAAAACAAAGAUGGGCCCAAAGGAAAAAAAGGAGCUUCAGGGGAAGUACAACAGAGCAUAACAAGCGUCUCACGGAGUCUAUGAAGAAGAGUCAACUCUGGACCGGCGUAUAUACCAUCACUCUGGUGGAGGGGCGGGACUUACCACUGGACGGACAGGGGGACCUGUUUGUUCGCUUUAAACUGGGAGAUCAGAAAUAUAAAAGCAAGAGUCAAGUGAAGAAGGUCAACACACAGUGGAGAGAAAGAUUUGACUUCAACCAGUUUCCUGAUACGUCCAGCAUUCUAGAGAUUGAAGUGGUGGGAAAAGAGGGGCGGAGAUAUGAGGAUUGUUAUGGACAGUGUGAGAUCGAACUGUCUGGGUUGCCGUUGAAUGAAUCCACACUGUUUACACAUGAGCUGGACCCGGGCCGAGGCAGGGUGGUGUUCCUCGUCACUCCCACUCCCUGCACUGGAGCGUCCAUCACGGAUCUCGUCGCCCCUCCACUGGAAGAGCCUCAUGAGAGAGACAACAUGCUGGUUAAAUAUAGUUUGAGGAACUCCCUGAAGGAUUUGAGAGAUGUUGGUUUUCUUCAGGUUAAAGUGAUCAAGGCCACUGACCUCAUGGCUGCUGAUCUAAAUGGAAAGAGUGACCCAUUUUGUGUUCUGGAAUUGGGAAACAACCGGCUGCAGACCCACACCAUAUACAAGACCCUCAACCCUGAGUGGAAUAAAGUCUUUACAUUCCCAGUCAAAGACAUUCAUGAGGUUCUGGAAGUGACUGUGUUUGAUGAGGAUGGAGACAAAGCCCCGGAUUUCUUGGGGAAGGUGGCCCUUCCUUUACUCUCGAUACGUAACGGUCAGCAGGUUGCUUGUCCUCUGAGGAAAGAGAAUUUGGGAGGACUGUUUAAAGGAACCAUAGUACUGGAGCUGGAAGUCAUUUUCAAUCCUAUCAAAGCAAGCAUCAGGACCUUCACACCUAGAGAGCAGAAGUUUAUGGAGGACAAUGCCAAGUUUUCUAAGAAGGUUCUUGCCAGGAAUGUUCUUCGCGUGAGGAACCUUUAUCGUGCUGUGUGCCACACCAACCAGUUCAUCAAGAGCUGUUUCCAGUGGGAAAGUGUGCAGAGGAGCAUCAUAGCAUUUCUGGUCUUUGUUCUCACUGUGUGGUACUGGGAUUUCUACAUGCUGCCCAUGUUCAUGGUUCUUCUCAUUGUGUGGAACUAUCUCCAGAUCGCCUCUGAGAGAGUCACCAGAGACCUAGACACCAUGGAGUUAUAUGAAGAGGAAGAUGAAGAUGAAAAGGAGUCGGAAAGAAAAGGUCUGAUGGAGAAAAUUCACAUGGUUCAAGAGAUUGUCAUUACGGUCCAGAACCUUCUGGAGGCGAUUGCAUCCUUUGGUGAAAGAAUAAAAAAUACAUUCAACUGGUCAGUGCCGUUCUUGUCUAAUCUGGCCUUCCUGGUCCUCAUGAUGGCUACAGUGAUCACUUACUUUAUUCCAAUACGCUACAUUAUUUUAUUAUGGGGUAUACAUAAAUUCACAAAGAAACUGCGCAAUCCAUAUGCCAUUGAAAACAAUGAGGUGAUGGAUUUCCUCUCCAGAGUGCCUUCAGAUGUUCAAAUGGCACAGUACACUGAAUUGAGCAGCUGUAGUUUCCACAGUCCUUACAGGAGAAGAAAAGCAUCUCCUUAGACACUAGAAUGAGAAACGCUGGUCUCCUGAGAACUUUCUGUGUGAAGAGACUUUGAAGGUGCCAGGACUCGACGGCCAGGGAGUGAUUUCAACAUGGAUUUAAAUAGUUGAAUUGCAGUUGAUCUGCUUAUUUUAUUUAAGCGAACUGAAAUCACCCCCCUCAAAUGGUCCGGUCUUCACUGCUGGGUCGUACUGAAGCACCUUGGUUAAAAACACAGACACAUAUUAACACUCACAGCAGCAUUGAGGGAUGAAGAAAUGUGACUAAGAUAACUGAAUGGUUAAAGUGUAGGAUGCACCGCAGCGGGCCUUAGAUGCAAUUCCUGAACGACAAAUUGUGUACAGUAUGAGUGCAAUACAGUGCAAUGCUUUGCUGUUUUAUACUUGAUGCAUUUCUUAAUUUUGUCUUUCAGACUUGUAAAAAUAUGUUUUAUAAAGUCACAUUCUAUACAAGCUUAUUUUUGUCUUUUUAAUCUAUUAUUUGCAUUUUAUUGCAGAAAAAAAUCUAGAUGCGUGAAAUUGAAUACAUUUUAAAGUGCCUUUGACAAACUCUAGGUGUAAAGAACUUAUUUUAACUACAUUCUUCUGUCAAAGUUUGCCUUUUGUGCAAUAUGAGGUUCUAGAUAUGGUUUGGUUGUUGAAAAGUGAUAAUUGUACAAUGCAAGUACACUUCUGAUUUGUAUUUUACAGAAUUUUACAGAUUGACCUCUGCUCACAUGAACAUUAUGAAUAGUACAGAUGUUUUUGUACUCUUUGAUAUUCCGUUUUGUAUCACGGUCAUUUCAAAGUAAACAUUUACUACAUUUGA